AUGUGCCGUCAAAUUAAUCGGCGAGCGAUUCGCGCGCAACUCGAACGCGUUUGCGAUGUGCUCGCGAAGCUCGUCGUAUUCAUCGUGUGUCUGACGUUGAUCGUCAUCGGCGGCGACGACGCGAAUACGGUGUGCGCCUUUAACCGCGACGUGUCAUCGUUCGCCACGAGCGUUCGAAGCGCGCCGCAAGCAUUACGGUACCCUCCUUUAAAUUGUUUGCUUCUACUCGGACGAUGCCAAGGCUUACGGCCGCCCGUAUACGCAAAACGAUUCGAAAUGACGAAGCAGUACGGUAUGCGCCUUUUGAAUCCAAACGUGUAUUCCAGGAGGCCGCUCGUCGAGGAAAAAAAACCUAGUAAAGACACCUGUCCGAUUACGACCGCCCGUCCAAUUGAAGAUCGCCAGAAGCUGCAAGCUUGA